AAAUCCCCUAAAACAAACAUUUUCAACAUUUAAAUCGUCUGAAAUUUUACAAUACAAGCAGCUUCCCGUGAACAAUGCGAAGUGCUAUUGUUGGUGAUAGAGCAGACGAAGGGUGAUUGGCUGUGGGAUCUCUCCAUUUUGGAAACAGCUGUUUAAAGCCCCUGUCCCUCUUUCUCAUUGUGUUAAACUGACUGUCAGAGCAGCGUUGGAUUUGACUGGGAAUCACGGAACAGAUCAAUUGAAAUCCGUCAAAUCGGCGCGGGAAUGCGGGAAGAGCUUUUGGAAAUGAAGGGGAAUCCCGACAAAGAGUGAAUGGCGUUGUAACAAGUGGAAGAAAGUGAAGAGGAUCAAGGUGUAAUGAGAGGGCCCUUUGUGAGCAGAUGAUGGACGUUGAGGCGUCAUAUUCAGAGUUCAUAAACUGUGAUCGUACAGGUCGCAGGAACGCUGUGCCGGACAUUAAAGGAGAAGCAGGAGAGGGGGGGACCAGUGAACUUACCAAAGACAUGGCUCAGAUGGACUUGAAAGCUACAGAGGGAGAUGCUUCUGGAUCUCCAGCCCCAGAGGCAGAAGCAUCUGGGAGCCAGGACAAACAGGGGACAGAGGGACCGUCAUAAAAAACAAAUCAAGAAUGACCCCGAGGAGAGAGAAAAGCUGGGGACUUCUCUCCUUUUUCUCAUUGAAAUUCUCCUCAUCUUUGCUCAUCGGGCAGCAAUGAAGAGCUCCUCUCAUAGACUGCCAUUAAGGUGGACGUCCACCCAUUGCAUGCUGUUGAGUGCCUAAGAGACAGAUGGAGAAGAAGACACUGCCUUCACAAACACCACUAAAUAGGACGAAUCGGUCUAGGACUGAAUUCAUUCACAGCGCUGAGUGAGGGAAGAUUGUUUUUUUCUAACAGAAGUCCAACAGAAGCACAGGCGUUUUGAUAUCUUUCCAUCCUAAAUGUAAACUAAACAGUCCAAUCUUGAGUUACUGUUAAAGAAACACUCAGAGCUACUGUAUACUAUAAAGUACCAAAUAUAGCCUUUUUGUUACAGCCUAUGACAUGGAAUUACUAUUAUUAUUAUUAUAAAUAUAAUUUUUUUUAAAACAAUGACCACUACAGUUGAAGGAGGUCUGGUUGUAGAACAGAAUUCCCAAAUAUUGCCUGAGGUCAGAAGAGAUUUCUUUCUAUACUUCAUUAUAUACUGUAAAACAAGUGUAACAUAAUUAACGAUAUUUAUGUAGUAUCUUGAGUUACCGCUUUCUGCUCCUGGCACUGUUUUGUGUGUUUAUUUGUCAAACUCUCAGAAACACUUGUUGAAACACAUUGCAUUUAUAUUGUGACUAUAAAUGUAAAGUACCUCAAAAUAAACAGGAAUGACAUUA